AUGGCGGCAGAAGCGCCUCCUUAUCCCGUCGUCCUCCCGACGCCUGCGGACCCCCAGCCUCCCAAUGGUGUCAUUCCACCCGUUACAACAACGACAGAAGAGCCCCAAACGCCAACACCUCGUAAACGCGGAAGACCAAAAGGUUCGAAGAACAAGUCAACGCUUGCGUUGGAAGCUGCCGGCGUUAUCGACAAAGAUAAACGACCAACGGCCCCUCGACCACCACGCGACCCAGAUGCCCCCAAGAGACCCGUAGGAAGGCCACGGAAAGAGCGGGGGGAGUGGAUAGAGAUGGCUGCGUCAAGACCAGACGAUUUCUUGCACGUGUUGUUAACAACGUUGGACAUCCCGAAUCCUCCAUCGAAUGCAGGCCCAUCGCUUGAAGAUGCGUUCAAAUCCCACUUGGUCUCGCUAUCGCAGCAGCCGAGCCAACAACCGUCGACAAGCGCGUCAACUGCCCAACCCAUUCCGUCUCUCUACUCCAUACUGAAAACCUUCUGGCUCCCCUCUUCCCCCGCUUACUUCUCGCUUACCGCAUCAGCUGGGACUGGCGGUGCCCGGGUACCAUCUUCACAUCGUUUCCUCUAUUGGGACCCACUUCCACUUGUUUUCAAUGGCAUCCCCUGCCCGACAUGUUCCGCACCACUUGUCCAACGAGGUCGCAUUCGCUCGGGACCGCUCACGAUCCACGAUCUUAGUGGCCCAUUCUUCGUGAUUGGCUGCAGCUAUGUUUGUGAGCCAGCUGGUCAUGCUUUUGCCAGCACCGACUCUUCUGUCCGCGCCGCUCUACCAGAGCUACUUGAACGCGAGUUUCCCGCUCGUCUAAUGGCUGGCGAUCUUGGUGUUGGAGCCGAUGUGUGGAGUUGGCAGGCGCGGGGGGUUUCGAGGGCUUUGUGGAAUCUCGUGAUGGGUGGCCUUAAAUCGGGGCUUUCAAAGGACAUAAUCUUACAGCUCGUUCGUACCGUCCAGCAUGGGGUGCAGGAUAUACCAAAGCCCCUCAUUUCUUCCGUUGUUGCGCCGCCACCCAAAAAGGAAGAUGAAGAUGAAGAGCCAGAAGUGGAGCCAGAAGAAGACGCGUUCGGCGAAACAGCAGCGGAGUCGCCCACGACAGCGACCACUCUACCGCAGCAACCCCAACAACUCCCACCAGCCGCAUCGCCAGCCACACAAGCAUAUCACGAUGCAUGGACAGCUAACUCUGUCGUCGCCGGCAGCUCAGCCAUCCCACCACCUCCCAUAAACGGUCUUCCUCCGACUCAAUUUCGACCAGUGACUGCCCUGCCUUUCUACCAAGGAAUGGUACCAUAUGACCCUGCCCAACACCAACGCAAACGACCUUAUCCAUUCGAUGAUUCGGGUCAUCCCCAUCCAAUACCCCCCGCCUCACGCCCAUACAAUGAACUUUGGCUCUACUCCAGGCUCUCCUCUCCUCUCGGUCAGACCACCUGGCGGCUCUCCCAUGUCAGAUUCAGCAUCUCCAAAACCACGCGCCCCGCGCCAUUGCUGCAAAUGUGGAUCCCAGACUUGUAA